UAUUGCAAUUGACCCCAACUCGACUCAUCUCGAUUUGUCUGGUUGUGUGACGAAUCGACAGUGGAGCUGACGGUCACUAUUAAAUUUUAUUUGACAGAUUGAUCUCCCCAGAAGUACUCAUUUGUUCGUCCGACGAGAUGGCUUUGAACAAACUAAGCAUUGAUCAGGUCGCCCUCAAGGGAAAGCGCGUGUUGAUGAGGGUAGAUUUCAACGUACCUCUGAAAGGAAAGGACAUCACCAACAACCAAAGAAUUGCAGCUGCCGUCCCAAGUAUCCGGUAUGCACUCGACCAAGGAGCGCAGAGCGUUGUGCUCAUGAGUCAUCUGGGCCGCCCUGAUGGACGCCCCAACGACAAGUAUUCCCUGCGGCCCGUGGCCGAUGAGCUCAAGAGUCUGCUUGAUAGGCCGGUGCAGUUCCUGAACGACUGCGUUGGCACCGAGGUGGAAGCAGCAUGUGCAGCUCCAGCAGAAGGCAGCGUCAUUCUUCUGGAGAACCUUCGCUUCCACGUCGAGGAGGAGGGCAAAGGAAAGGAUGACGGUGGAAACAAGGUCACGGCCAGCCAGGAGGCGGUGGCGCAGUUCCGCCAAUCCCUCUCUGCGCUCGGCGACGUCUACAUCAACGACGCGUUUGGCACGGCUCACCGCGCACACAGCUCCAUGGUCGGUGUGGCUCACGCCCAGCGUGCCGCCGGCUUCCUGCUCAAGAAAGAGCUGUCCUACUUCGCCAAGGCGCUGGAGUCCCCCGAGCGCCCGUUCCUGGCCAUUCUCGGCGGCGCCAAGGUCUCGGAUAAGAUCCUGCUGAUCGAGAAUCUCCUUGACAAGGUCAACGAGCUGAUCAUCGGCGGUGGCAUGGCGUAUACGUUCACCAAGACGCUCAACGGCAUGGAAAUCGGCGGCUCGCUGUUCGACGAGCAGGGUGCCGAGGUGGUCAGCCGCAUCAUGGAGAAGGCCAACCGCAACAACGUCAAGAUCCACUUCCCCAGCGACUUUGUCACGGCUGACAAGUUUUCAACGGACGCGGAGGUCGGAAGUGCUACAGUCGAGUCGGGCAUCCCUGCAGGAUGGAUGGGUCUGGACGUUGGCCCUCGCUCCGUGGAGCAGUUCUGCUCCGUGGUGCGCCGCGCCAAGACCAUCGUCUGGAAUGGUCCCCUCGGCGUCUUUGAGUACCCCAACUUCGCCAACGGUACCAAGAGCAUCAUGGAUGCGGUUGUCGAGGUGACAACUAGCGGCGCAACUACAAUCAUCGGCGGUGGUGACACAGCAACCUGUGCUAAGAAAUACAACACGGAGGACAAGGUCAGCCACGUCAGCACUGGUGGUGGUGCCAGCCUGGAAUUGCUGGAAGGCAAGAAUCUUCCCGGCGUAGCUGCAUUGUCAUCUGCAUGAAGCCAGUCCUGAUGGAAGCAACGUUCUUCACGGUGCCAUCUCUACUUCAAGAUUGGGCAUCACUUCCUAACACCUCGUCUUUGGAAAGCCUGUACGUAGCUGAAACAUGCCCGGCGCGUUGUUUCCUAUUUCUCUAACCGCUGUUUUAUUGAUAACCGCUGUAUUCUGGGAGCCCGUUGAUAUUGCUUUUUUUCUACUCCUUGUCACAGAAAACUGUAGUUUUUAGUUUUCAGUAUCGAAACUAAGCCCAACUGAUUUGGCUAUUCGCUGAGAACUUCAUGUCUCAUCUAA